ACAUAAUUGCUUUUAGCGUGGUUCUUCAGUCAGACGUGGAGAAAUGUCAAACACAAAUCUUCGUAUAGCUUGCGUGAUGGUUGGCUUGCCUGCCAGAGGAAAAACUUUCAUAGCGCAAAAAGUUUGCAGAUACCUCACGUGGUUAGGAAUCAAUACUCGAGUAUUCAACGUCGGUAAUUAUCGUCGAAAGUUAUUUGGAGCCAAGCAAGAGCAUUCUUUUUUCGACCCUAACAAUCCUGUUGGUAUACAGCAGAGAAAAAAAGCUGCCGAGGCAGCGCUUGAAGAUAUGAUCCAUUGGUUCAUCGAGGACGACGGUAUUGUUGCUCUCUAUGACGCUACCAACAGUACUCAGCAGAGACGGAGCUGGUUAUGUGAGAAAUUAUCCAAUGAGAAUGUCCAAGUUCUCUUUAUUGAAAGUAUUUGCAAGGAUGAAACCGUUAUCAUUGACAAUAUCAAACAAGUGAAACUGAGUUCGCCCGAUUAUGCAAGUGCCGACCCCGACGAAGCUGUCCAAGACUUUAAAGCCAGAAUCGAUCAUUACAAGGAUCAAUACGAAACGAUCACUGAAAAAAAUUAUAGUUACAUCAAACUGAUCAACGUGGGAAGUCAAGUAAUUAUCAAUAGGAUACAAGGCUAUCUUCAGUCGCGCAUUGUCUAUUAUUUGAUGAACUUACAUACAGCGCCACGAAGAAUUUAUAUGAGCCGGCAUGGUGAGUCCAUGUUCAACCUGGAAGGCAAAAUCGGUGGUGAUUCUGGACUCUCACCUAGAGGACGACUCUAUGCGCAGAAAUUACCAGAUCUCAUCAAACAGAACUUGAAGGAUCAAGAAUUGUCUGUUUGGACUUCAACUUUAAGAAGGACAAUAGAGACAAGUGCACUGCUGGAUUAUCCCAAGUUGAGUUAUAAAGCAUUAGAUGAACUUGACGCAGGUGUAUGUGACGGAAUGACUUACGAAGAAAUAGAGGAAAGAUACCCUGAAGACUAUGCAAAUCGCGAUGAGGAUAAGUUUAAUUAUCGUUAUAGAGGAGGAGAGUCUUACAGGGACGUUGUUUUACGGUUAGAACCUAUCAUUAUGGAUCUUGAGCGUCAAGGAAAUAUUUUAAUUAUCGGGCACCAAGCCAUUUUGAGAUGCAUCUAUGCCUACUUUAUGAAUUACAAACAAGAAGACCUUCCUUAUAUAAAGAUUCCGCUACACACCGUGAUUGAAUUAACACCAAAGGCCUACGGCUGCGAUGAAAAGAGAUAUAAAGUUGAUAUUGAGGCUGUGGAUACACAUCGACCAAAACCUAGUAAAACAUCAACUAUUAAGAAAAAGGGAACCCCUGUUGAUCUGAAAAAAGCAGCAGGUGCAAGUGGUGAGAUUGUUCAAAAUGGACGGAGCCCCAUCUUACCGUUAAACGCGCAAUUACGUUCCUCUCCUAACGGCAGUAGUAAUAGUUCGAAAUCGGCAAAUAAGCUCUCUCCAUUGCAAAUUUAAACGAUAUAUAUGUAAUUGUCAACAAAAAUGGCCUCUUUCU